AUGGGCGGCGGUCGCGGCGGUGGUCGCGGCGGCGGAUUCUCGUCGCGCGGCGGUGCCCCCGGCGGCCGUGGCGGCGGCUUUGGCGGCGGCCGUGGCGGUGCCGGCGGACGCGGCGGUGGCGGCGUCGGGGCCAAGGGCGGCGCCAAGGUGAUCCUCGAGCCGCACCGGCACCCGGGCGUGUUUGUCGCCAAGGGCAAGGAGCACCUCCUCGUCACGCGCAACCUCGUCCCUGGCGACAGCGUGUACGGCGAGAAGCGGAUCUCGAUCGAGCAGCCCAAUGCCUCGGACCCGUCGCUGCCCGCCGAGAAGGUCGAGUACCGCGUGUGGAACCCGUUCCGCUCCAAGUUGGCGGCCGGCAUCCUCGGUGGCCUCGACGACAUCCACAUCGGCCCGGGCAAGAAGGUCCUCUACCUCGGCGCCGCGUCCGGUACCUCGGUCUCGCACGUCGCCGACGUCGUUGGCCCGGAGGGCACCGUCUACGCCGUCGAGUUCUCGCACCGCUCGGGCCGUGACCUCGUCAACAUGGCCAAGAAGCGCACCAACGUCAUCCCCAUCGUUGAGGACGCGCGCCACCCGAACAAGUACCGCAUGCUGCUCUCGAUGGUCGACGUCGUCUUUGCCGACGUGGCGCAGCCCGACCAGGCGCGCAUCGUCGCCCUCAACGCGCACCACUUCCUCAAGAACGGCGGCCACGCCGUCAUCUCGAUCAAGGCGUCGUGCAUCGACUCGACCGCGCCCGCCGAGGCCGUCUUUGCCGCAGAGGUCAAGAAGCUCCAGAGCGAGAGCUUCAAGCCGAGGGAGCAGCUCACGCUCGAGCCGUACGAGCGUGACCACGCCAUGCUGGUCGCCCAGUACCAGCGCCACAAGUGA